UGACAGUCGAACCCGAGAGACCUCCAGACUAUGAGCACACUACGAACGACAGCGAUUCUCGUUCAUUUUAGUAGAAUGGCGUGGCAGAUUGCCGACGCCAGUGACGGAGUAUACGUUGAUGUUUUGGCGUAGCAGAGGCCCGGGUGAAAGGAAUUGGUCCCACCGUGGAACGACUAGCCACCAAAUCGGAACAGCAAGAGUGACUGGCACUGAGGAUACCCACCGAGCGAGUUCCAGUCCUUUUAGGCAAGACUAUCAACUGGAAAACAACCACCAGUGCUGAGGACCCAGUCACAAUCUCGACACUUCCCAUUUGUGUAGAGGUCUGUUUCCACUUAAAUGUGGGGGAGCAUCAGGAGUUGAUUGAGAGAUAUUGUAUCAUGAAGCCCAGAUUAAGUGUUGUCUGCUUAUCCAGGAAGUCUCAGUUAUUACCUUGAACUUCUGAACUGAAGAGGAUGAUGAAAUGAGAUAAAGUGGACAUCUGGAGGAGCCCAGUCCCCGUCCCCCCCCUCCUCACCUCCACCUCUUUGAAGCAUGGCAGGCCUGCAGCUUGUCACCCCUGCCACUUCACCCAUGGGGCCUUUCUUUGGGCUGCCUUGGCAGCAGGAGGCCAUCCACGACAACAUUUAUACACCUAGGAAAUAUCAGGUAGAACUUCUUGAAGCAGCUCUUGAACAUAAUACGAUUGUCUGCUUGAAUACUGGCUCAGGGAAGACCUUUAUUGCAGUACUUCUAACAAAGGAGCUCUCCCACCAAAUACGGGGACUUUACCAAGAAAAUGCGAAGAGGACUGUUUUUCUGGUGAACACAGUUCUGUCUGUAGUUCAGCAAGCAGCUGCAGUCAGGACUCACUCUGACCUCCAAGUGGGAGAGUACACGGAUGUGGAGGAGGCCUCGUCAUGGACUGACCACCGGUGGCGUCAAGAGAUAAUGGAGAAUCAGGUGCUGGUCAUGACUUGCCACAUAUUCCUGCAUGUUCUGAGGAAUAAAAUCUUACCGUUGUCUAAAAUCAACCUGGUGGUGUUUGAUGACUGUCACCUGGCCAUCACGGACCACCCUUACUGUGAGAUAAUGAAGCUGUUUGAGGGCUGCCCGGGCAGUCCCCGCAUCCUGGGUCUCACAGCCUCCAUCCUAAAUGGGAAGUGUGACCCGUCAGAACUGGAGCACAAGAUCCAGAAUCUGGAGAGUAUCUUGAAGAGCAAUGCUGAAACUGCCACGGACCUGGUGGUCCUGGACAGAUACGCCGCUCAGCCUCGAGAAGUAGUGCUGGACUGUGGCCCCUUCAUGGAUAAGAGUGGCCUCUCUUCCUGUCUGCAGGCAGAGCUGAAUGAAGCUCUCCACUUCCUGAGUGACUGCAACAUAUGUGUCACCAGAGAGGACCGCGAUCCCACGUUCAUCUCCAAACAGGUCCUGGGGGACUGCCGGGCCGUGCUGGAGGUCCUGGGUCCCUGGUGUGCAGAUAAGGCCGCAGGCAUCAUGGUGCGGGAGCUUCAGAAGUACAUCAAACACGAGCAGGAGGAGCUCAGCCGCAAGUUUCUGCUCUUCACGGACACCAUCCUGCGCAAGGUGCACGCCCUCUGCGAGGAGCACUUCUCCCCCGCCUCGCUCGACCUCAAGUACGUCACCCCCAAGGUCCUCCGGCUGCUCGAAAUCCUGCACGAGUACAAGCCCUUCGAGCGGCAGCAGUUCGAAAGCGUGGAGUGGUACAACAACCGCAACCAGGACAACUACGUGUCGUGGAGCGACUCUGAGGACGAGGACGAGGAUGAAGAGGUGGAGGCCAACGAGAGGCCCGAGUCCAACUUUCCCUCGCCGUUCACCAACAUCCUGUGUGGCAUCAUCUUUGUGGAGAGGCGGUACACAGCUGUCGUCCUCAAUCGUCUGAUCAAAGAGGCGGGGAAGCAGGACCCGGAGCUGGCUUACAUCAGCAGCAACUUCAUCACCGGCCACAGCAUCGGCAAGAACCAGCCGCGGAACAAGCAGAUGGAGGUGGAGUUCAGGAAACAAGAGGAGGUUCUCCGCAAAUUCCGGGCUCAUGAAACCAACCUGCUGAUCGCCACCAGCAUCGUGGAGGAAGGCGUGGAUAUCCCAAAGUGUAACCUGGUGGUGCGGUUCGACCUGCCCACAGAGUACAGGUCCUACGUCCAGUCUAAAGGCCGAGCCCGAGCACCGGUGUCCAACUACAUCAUGCUGGCGGACAGUGAGAGGACCAGAACCUUCGAAGACGAUCUCACCACCUACAAGGCCAUAGAGAAGAUCUUAAGGAACAAGUGCUCCAAGUCGGUGGAGGUGGGUGAGUUUGAAGUGGAGCAGGUGCUGGACGACGACAACAUCCUCCCACCCUACGUGCUCCAAUCUGUCGAUGGAGGUCCGCGGGUCACCAUCAACACAGCCAUCGGACACAUUAACAGGUACUGUGCCCGGCUGCCCAGUGACCCGUUCACCCACUUGGCGCCCAAGUGUAAAACUGCUGAGAGGCAGGGCGACCGCUUCCAGUCCACACUCUACCUACCCAUCAACUCCCCUCUGCGGGUUCCUCUUAAGGGUCCUAUAAUGAACUGUGCCAGGCUGGCAGAGAAGGCAGUUGCACUACUAUGUUGCGAGAAACUCCACAAAAUAGGUGAGCUGGAUGAUCACCUGAUGCCGGUGGGUAAGGAGACGGUGAAGUAUGAGGAGGAGCUGGACCUCCAUGAUGAGGAGGAGACCAGCGUACCAGGCCGGCCCGGCUCCACCAAAAGGAGGCAGUGCUACCCUAAAGCCAUACCAGAGUGUCUGCGCGACAGUUACGCCGUACCGGAGCAGACCUACUACCUUUAUGUGAUCGGGAUGGUCCUCACCACCCCUCUCCCCGAUGAACUCAACUUCCGCAGGAGGAGGCUCUACCCACCGGAGGACACCACCAGGUGCUUCGGCAUCCUGACUGCCAAACCCAUACCUCGAAUCCCCCAUUUCCCGGUGUACACUCGCUCGGGCGAGGUGACCAUCUCCAUUGAGCUGCAGAAGUCUGGCUUCGCGCUCACCACCGCGCAGCUCGACCUCAUCACCCGCCUGCACCAGUACAUCUUCUCCCACAUCCUCCGCCUGGAGAAGCCGGCGCUGGAGUUCAAGCCCACGCUGGCCGACUCUGCUUACUGCGUUCUACCUCUGAAUGUCGUUGGGAACUCCCACACUCUAGAUAUGGACUUUAUGUUCAUGGAGGACAUUGAGAGGUCUGAGGCCCGCAUCGGCAUUCCCACCACUCAGUACACCAAGCAGAACCCCUUCACCUUCAAGCUGGAGGACUACCAGGAUGCUGUCAUCAUUCCAAGGUAUCGUAACUUUGACCAGCCUCACCGCUUCUAUGUCGCCGAUGUGUACACAGACCUGACGCCACUCAGUAAGUUUCCUUCGCCCGAGUACGAGACGUUUGCCGAGUACUACAAAACCAAGUACAACCUGGACCUGUCCAACCUGAACCAGCCGCUUCUCGACGUAGACCACACCUCCUCCAGACUGAACCUGUUAACCCCUCGGCACCUGAACCAGAAGGGCAAAGCCCUGCCCCUCAGCAGUGCAGAGAAGAGGAAGGCCAAGUGGGAGAGUCUGCAGAACAAACAGAUCCUGGUUCCAGAGCUGUGUGCCAUACACCCCAUCCCGGCCUCCCUGUGGAGGAAAGCAGUGUGUCUUCCGAGCAUCCUCUACCGCCUCCACUGCCUUCUGACCGCAGAGGAGCUCCGGGCUCAGACUGCCAGUGAAGCCGGAGUGGGAGCCCAGACCCUGCCCCCUGACUUCAGGUACCCAAACCUAGACUUUGGCUGGAAGAGAGCCAUCGACAGCAAAACCUUCAUCUGUCCUGACUCCGACAGUGAGGACGACGAGGGUCACUGUACGCACCAAGAGACUGAAAGCCCUGACCCCGAUCCUCUAACUCACCCCAGUAGCCACCACUCUUCCCAGCCGGAGCAGGGGCCCCAAGCGGCCCCCGACCCCGGAGAAGCCACACGCACGAGGAACCUAACCAACGGCACUGCCCUAGUCACCGACUGUGAUGACGACGGCCCCCACGACGAGCACCUUCAGCAACGUGACAAUUGCCAACGCUUCCAGCCCAGCUCCCCUGGGCUGCAGAGUCCUGAAUCAAUACAAACCACUACCUCAGUUCCCGUGCAGCCUGCUCUCAGCUCCAAGAAGCCCAGCUCCAGUUCUCCGCAGCCUAGUGAUGAAUGUACACCGGGGAGGACGUCGCACCGCGCAUUUAAAGCUACCUCAGUCUGCAGCCGGGCAGCCACGGGUCCCGACGCCCCCACAGAACCUUCUCCUGAUCUGCUUGCUGUCCCCCAGCACGAAGCCCAGACCGGAGACUCCCCCAAAAGUCUGGGGCCCAACCCGGGCCUCAUCCUGCAGGCCCUGACUCUAUCCAACGCCAGCGACGGCUUCAACCUGGAGCGGCUGGAGAUGCUCGGAGACUCCUUCCUCAAGCACGCCAUCACCACGUACCUGUUCUGCACCUACCCCGACGCUCACGAGGGCCGCCUCAGCUACAUGCGCAGCAAGAAGGUGAGCAACUGUAACCUGUACCGUCUGGGGAAGAAGAAGGGGCUCCCCAGCAGGAUGGUGGUGUCCAUCUUUGACCCUCCCGUGAACUGGCUGCCCCCUGGCUACGUGGUCAACCAGGACAAGAGCAGCACAGACAAACUGGACUCGGAGGAGGACAAAGAGGAGCUUCUGGCCAACGGGCAGCCUGAAAAUGACUCUGAGGUCGAGGAGGUGGACGAGGAGGUGGACGAGGAGGAUGAGCUGAUGCUAAAGGACGAGCCAAAGGACGAAGUCAACAUGGAGGAGGAUCUGGAGUACUACAAGGAGCACAUCAAAUUCAUCGACAACAUGCUGUUGGGCUCCGGCGCGUUCGGUAAGAAGAUCUCGCUAAGCACCUUCCCACCCCCUCUCGCCCCGGACCCGGGCUCCUCCCCCACCCCGGAGUCUCCGUACAAGUGGAAGCCCCCCAAGAAGACCCACCACCAUCCCACCACAGCCCACUACCCCGCGGAGCCGGCGCCCAGCGCAGAGGAGUUUGACUACAGCUCGUGGGACGCCAUGUGCUACCUGGACCCCAGUAAGGCCGGGGAGGAGGACGACUUCGUGGUUGGCUUUUGGAACCCGUCUGAGGAGAACUGCGGCGCAGAGCUCGGCAAGCAGUCCAUCUCCUACGACCUGCACACGGAGCAGUGCAUCGCCGACAAGAGCAUUGCUGACUGCGUGGAGGCUCUGCUGGGCUGCUACUUGACCAGCUGUGGAGAAAGAGCGGCCCAGAUGUUCCUCUGCUCGCUGGGCCUCAAGGUGUUGCCGCUGGAGAGAGGCGCCCUGAUGGAGGCAGUGGUGCAGAGCUGUCAGAUCACCGCCAUCGACCUGUGCUACGGCUGGCUGAAGAUCCCACCCCGCAGCCUGCUGGACCAUCCAGACGCAGACCGAACUCUCAACCACCUCAUCUCCGGCUUCGAGAACUUCGAAAGAAAGAUCAACUACACCUUUCAGAACAAGGCUUACCUGCUGCAAGCCUUCACCCACGCUUCCUACCAUUACAACACCAUCACAGAUUGUUACCAGCGGCUGGAGUUCCUUGGCGACGCAAUCCUUGACUACCUCAUAACAAAGCACCUUUAUGAAGACCCGCGGCAGCACUCUCCCGGCGUGCUGACCGACCUGCGCUCGGCACUCGUCAACAACACCAUCUUUGCCUCUCUGGCCGUCAAGUACGACUACCACAAGUACUUCAAGGCCAUCUCGCCGGAGCUCUUCCACGUCAUCGACGACUUCGUGCAGUUUCAGCUGGAGAAGAACGAGAUGCAAGGCAUGGACUCUGAGCUGCGUCGCUCUGAGGAAGAUGAGGAGAAGGAGGAGGACAUCGAGGUCCCCAAGGCCAUGGGGGACAUCUUUGAGUCGCUAGCCGGAGCAAUUUACAUGGACAGCAGGAUGUCACUGGAGACGGUGUGGCAAGUGUAUUAUCCAAUGAUGAGGCCACUUAUAGAGAAAUUCUCUGCCAAUGUGCCACGCUCUCCUGUGAGGGAGCUGCUUGAGAUGGAACCAGAAACUGCCAAGUUCAGCCCUGCAGAGAGGACGUACGACGGGAAGGUCCGGGUGACGGUGGAGGUCGUCGGUAAGGGCAAGUUCAAAGGAGUCGGCCGCAGCUACCGGAUCGCCAAGUCGGCAGCGGCGCGGCGAGCUCUGCGCAGCCUCAAAGCCAAUCAACCUCAGGUCCAAACCAACUGAGCUCUCAGCAUUAGCACCUAAGCUACUGACGCUAACGGAGGGAGAGAGGAGAGAGAGAAGAACAACACGGCUUCCCAGCGCAGCGCGCCGCCGGCCCGCAUCCUCAGCCCCCCGGCGGCUCCACCGAGGCCCCCGGGGAUCGCUGUGGAGACGCAACCCGAGCAGCAGAACAGAUCUCAACAGAUUUCACUUCACAUCUUUUACUUUAAGUUUUUUUUAUUUUUGCGCAAACACAAUCUUUGCUUUCCCUCUCCGCUUUGUGUAAUCACAUGAGUGCUUUAUUAACGUUCAGCAAAGUGUUUAAAAGAAGGUCAGGUCGCAAUGUCUGUUCCUCACCCCUUUUUUCUUUUUUAUGUCAAUGAGAUGAGGCUUAUGCUUAUCGUGUAGUAUUAGAUUGUACAUAGUUUAAUCAAAAUGUGUAAAUCAAAGUGUGUAGGAAGAACAAAAAAGAAAAUCAAGAAAACGCUAAACUCCUCAGCGGUGCUCUGGUGCCAGUCGGCCGCGGCUCACGGAGACACUGGAGCAACGAACCCCGGCGGCACUUCUGACUGAAACCUGUCUUGAAAUGGUAUUCUUAAUAAUUUUUGCACUUAUUCCAUUAGGGUCUGUUCCUCUGACAAUUGUGUGGUCCCGUUGACACCAAAACCAUAUACGUAGCAAACUAUAUAAAUAUAUAUACAUAUAUAUGAAAGAAACGAGAGAUACGUGAAUGAUAUUUGAUAUUGGCUCCCAUAUCCUGCAGAACGGACAUGAAUUCCAACAUUCCCAGUUACUGUAAUUUAAAGUAGUUUUUAACCGCACUUGAGGUUGCAUGUUCUUGUAGUUUAUGUAUAAACCAUGACAACUGGAUUGCUUCUCUAAACGUUCUGAAUCUAUGGAUAUUCAUGGAACAUGCUUUUGAUACGAGAAGAGGAAGUCGUGUUGGACACGCUGCAGACUUUUCUCCGUAGGAUGCAUCGUGUGUUUAAGGCUGCCCAUGGUUUCAAAUGCUUUUGUGGAACAGGCCAGUUAAUGUUCCUCACAUCCCGUUCCUACCAAAGCGGUAACCGUUGGGACACUACGGGGCUGAAGAUGAGGAUGCCAGCCUUUUUUUUUUUUGAGGUUUCUGUUUCGACAAAAAUCUUUUGCUUCUCGCUAAAUGUCCUUCUUUUUUUUUCAGCAUCAAAAAGCCCUUUUUUUUCACUUGAAUACCUCAGUUAAUUGCAUGCAUUUUCUUGUCUUUAUAUAUAUAUAUAUUUGUUUCUCUUUUUGUUUGGUGCUAUGUUUUUGUAUUAAGCUUGAAUUUCUCAUCUUUUUUGCACUGUAACUAUAAUACCUCUUUAUUUGACUUUUUGUUUUGGAAAUCUGUUUGAUUUGGUUCUCCCGGUGGCCAGCAUCAAGCUGCAGAAGAGUCGUGUCUUCCUCUUCCAUACGCGACAUGGGGGCAGGAAGUGGAUUUUGAAUUUUGAAUUUUGAAUUUUCAUUUCUAGCUAUUAGUUUGAAUCGGUUGAGAAUCUGUUUCUGAAUUCUGGUUAAACCAAACGGAAGAGGAACUGAUGAGAUGGUUGACGCUUGUUGAGAUAAUCAGAUUGCACUCGUUAACGUCGGCUUUCAGUGUACUCCAAAGUACAGGCAGAGGGGAAUAUACUUGACUUGUAACUAUCCAUAAAUUCAGGUUGAAAGAGACGUUCCGCUGUGUGACUCGCUAUCGGACAUUCAGUCGUAUAAUCCCACCAACAGCUGCUUCUACCUCAAAAGACCAGACUGCAGUUCAGUGACCACUCUGACCCGUCUACGUCCAGCAUCCAGCACGCAGCCCGCUCUGUGGGAGCUCCUCCCACGAAUACACCGCAGCAACGACAUUUCAAGAACAUGCUCCAAAAUUCACAGAUGAGGCAUACUUUUACAGUCUAAAACCUGAGAUUUCCGAGAACCAUUUUUUCAAUAUUCUGGCAUACAUGUGAGGAAAAGUGAUUAGGUUACGAGUGUACAAAAAAGACACCUUAAUUGUCUCCAGAUUAAUGUAUUUUCCUGAAAAAACGUCUGUUCUCCGGGAUUAAAGUCGUACAUUUACCAGAACAUUUAUUUCUAAAAGUACUUGUGGAAUAUAAGCCCCUCCCCCGCCACUAUUUGACCUACAAUGGGCCGACUAGUGUUCGCAUAAACUAGAUUUACAUUAUUUCAUCCAAGUUUGAGUUCAAGAUUUUAAUUUGGAGUAGAGCUUCAAAUAUUAAAGUGACGAUUUGUCAGAAGUAGGUUGCACCACGAAGCUUCAGUGCGUCUCUUUAUUCAGUUAAAAAGAGUGCAAUCUGUCAUUAUUUCUCAAAGUAACCCUUUGUUGUGCAUUCGGUUCUCCCAUCAGAGAAAUAUGGCCCCACUCAAGACCUCCAGAGUAUCUGGGCCGCCAACCUUCAACGCCUCAGUCUGUAGCACGCACACACACACACACACACACACACGGAGCCAUUUAGACUUUCCCACUGGCUCAACACAGUAAUUAUCUGUAAGUCUCCCAAAGGGACUAAAACAGAAUGUGAAAUUUAGUCUGUGACUGAUGGAAAUAUGGAUCAUAAUUAAUCUCGUCUAAGUGGCAUCAGUAUCCAGGAGCCUUGUAUGUUUUUGUUGUUAAACGGAGGCGGGGGGUUGAAGUUAAGGCCUUCAGAGCCGACUCCGACUGUUUUCUCCUUCUGGCUGUUUUUUUUGUUUUCUUUUCUAUUUGUAAAUGUAGCACAAUUGAGCAUUGCACUUGGGCGCCAUACUUUACCUCAUGUCAGAGUGAAAAGGAGUGAACGAUGGAGGGGGGGAGAAGUGUGUGUGUAUAUGAUGCCAUAAUGUUAAGAGGACUAACUUGGCUCAGGCUUUGCUGCAGUUUCAAUUGCUGGUAUUACACAAAGCUAAUUCAAGAGAGGAUACGGCACUCUGGGGGGGGGGG